AUGACAAUCCUCGCAGUUCCCGCUGGACAAUGCGGAUCUCGUAAGCAUCACAAAGCGACUGACCUCGCCCUGUCCAAGCGCUUGGUAUGGGACUUAUUAAUCCUUCAGCGCCGGGCUGCAGGUUGGAUUUCAAAUGAUGCUAAGUCUUGUUUUGAUAGGGUGGUUUAUUGGGUGGCCAUAGUGGCCAUGCUUCGAUUUGGCCUCACUUGGCGUGUUCUCUCCUCCAUGUUUAACAUGCUGUCCAUGGCUACACAUCGGGUCCCUACUGGCUUUGGCGACUCAGAUAAGAGUUUUCGUCCUCCCUCUGCCGUCCCGUUCCAAGGAUGUGGACAGGGAAACGGUGCCGGGCCACCCAUUUGGAUCUCGGUCAGCUCAGUCCUCAUCACUAUGAUGGAAGCCAUGGGCUUUGGUUUCAAAGCACUUUCAGCGGAGUCCAAACUCGUUACGGCACAGUGCUUUUGCUUUGUUCACGACACUGACGUGAUUGAAGCAGGGAACACGGUUCAGCACUCUGCGGAACCCAUCUGUCCAUUGGUCCAAGCGGCAGCUACUCUUUGGUCUGGUGGCAUCCGAGCCACUGGGGGAGCCAUCAACCCUGAGAACUCAGUGGCUCCAGACUUCGAACUUCACAUCCCGGGUCUCUCCAGCGCCAGUGAGCCUUUACGACGGUCAGAGCCGGACGCGUUGGAAUGUACUCUAGGGGUUAUGCUAGCCCCGCUGGAGAAUCAUAAAGCACAGGAGGCCCAACUAAUUGGCAAAGCCAAGCAGUGGGCCGAGCAACUACAAUAUCAUCUCCUGCACAAGUACGACGUGAUACCACUUAUCAAGACUACCAUUAUGAAGAAGCUGGAGUACCCCAUGGCGCUCACAACUUUGGAUGCAGCUCAAUGGCAGGAUAUUAUGUCCCCUGUCCUGCAAGUUUGGUUUUUGCUCCACUGA